UUAAUAGUGGGUCGUCUAAUAGUUCACAAGCACAACGGUCAAGUGUUACAGAAGUUGCUGCUAUUAUGCAGCACGAAGAAGGGCCAUCUGAUGGGGAAAAUGUGACUGAACAUCAGACAAGGAAUUUAAUAGAAUCAAAUAAUGAUGCUUAA